AUGGCCGCCGCUUCUCCCCGCCCCGGCGGCGCUCGGCCCUUGCCGCAGCCCAUGACAGCCCAGGGACGGCCCCUGUCCCCCUACUCCCAUUACCACGACAACCAGCAGCAGCAGCAGCAGCAACAGCAACAGCAGCAGCAGCAGCACGAAGCGGCAUGGUAUGAGCACGAAGAGCGCAUGCGUCCCAGCUAUAUCCACGCACUGCCGCCCCAUCACCAGCUGCUGCUGCUGCAUUUUCAGCAGCAACAACAGCAGCGACAGCAAUCGUUCCCUGCUGGCGUUGGUGUUGAUGCAAAUGUCGCCGCAGGCUUACGGCCCCCACUGAGCCCGUCGGCCCGCUACCGGCAGCAGCAGCAAUACUUUUCCAAUAUCCCUCCCAGCGCAGCAGCACAUGCUUCGCCCUCUGCCGCCUCCUCCAGCGCGUAUGUUGCCCCGGCCCAACCUGGCGAAUACGCUUUCCCACAACAACAGCAGCAGCAGCAGCAAUUCCCUGCUGGCGCGCCGCGCAGCUACGGCCCCGCGUCGUCGAACCCGCACCGCAACUCGUUCACCGGCGGGCUCGCCGCGUUCGCGAGCAACCCCGGCAGCAGGCUCCGGCGCCACAGCAACACCAACGCCAACAAUCUCGCCAUGCCUGGCCAGCAGCAGCAGGGACAAGGCGCGCAAGACGCCAGCUGGACACGCGGCGGUGGACAGGGGAACAAAGGGAGCGCUUUCAUGCACAAGGGCUUCUGGGAUAUCAUGGCGCUCGCCGCGAACCCGGCCUCGCCGCUUUCCUCUCCGUCGCGCCUGGCGCCUCCGCGCUUCCCGGACGCCGAAGGCGGCAGCGGCUCGCGCCCGUCGUCCCCGUCGAAGCUGAAGGCGACGUUCAGCAAGGCAACAGGUGCGCUACGGCGCCGCAGCGCCAACCUCAAUGUCCCUGGUGGAGGAAACGCCACCACCAACAAUAACACUUUUGCUGCGGACUUGUCGCUCGUCGGCGGCGCCGGCGGCGAGGAGCUCAUCGGCGGGCCGAUCUUCGACAUGGUCCCGCCGCACCAGCAAGCGAGGGGCAACUCGAGACCGGCGACGCCAACCAGCUACCAACAACAACACCAGCAUCAAGGCGCCGGCUUGCACGCGCCUCAACUACAGCACCCGCACCUCUCCUCCGCGGCGAGUGGCCACUCGUUGGCACAGCCACUGCACAUGCCAUCAUGGACCGGCGCCGGCGCCGGCCUAGCUGCGCCGCAGCCGGUGCGUGCGACAAAGAAGCGCAUCAGCAUUGACAUGGUUGGUGCGCCGCAAGUGGGCACGUUUGUGCAUGCCGCACAUGCGAGCGACGCGGACCAGGCUGAGGCGAUCCUGCGGCGCUGGUCGCGCGAGCCGCUCGGCGUCGGCAAGAUCGCUGACCCCAACUGGGACUGGGUCGCGCCGCUCAAGGACGCAGUGCGCAGCCGUCAGGCGCGCAGCCAGGCCGAGGCCAUCGCGCAGAUCCAGGCCGCGCUGCAUGCGGAUGAGAGCGCCAUCCUCGACAACAGCGGCAGCAGAGGCGACGCUGGCGUUGCAUGCGCAGCCGGCGCGGCAGCACAUCCGGCGACCCAGCGCGCGCCGCUGCAAGUCGUCAAUGGCGUUCCGAGCAACUUGUCUACAGCCAGUAGCGUCGCGACGCUUGCCGCCUCCACCGUCGGCGGCAGCGCCGCUGGGCAACAGGGUGCCAGCGCGCCGCAGAGCCCCGUGCGGGCUUUUGCUGGUAUGAGCAUUGCCGAGGAGGCGUCACAGGCUGGGCCUCUUCCCCAACAGCAGCAGCAGCAAAGCUACGACGUCUUUGGCCCACAGUGCACCGCCUCGCCUAGUGGGCGCAAGCCAGUUCCUAGCCCCGGCGCUGCAGGAGCUCAGCAAGGAUCCGCGACAACAUCACCAUCAGCACUAGGCUCACCGCGCCGCCUCGUGCCGCCCCCCAUGCCUCCCAUGCCGCGCACCAAUUCGGCUGGAACGCUCGUGAUCAAUCCCUCGCCCGAGCAGCAGCAGCAAGCGCCGGACUACAUGCGUUAUAAGCCACCUGUAUCGCCGGCCUCUGGCCAAGGCGACGCGGAGAAGAGAGCGAGCAGGUACGACGGCCUUCCAGGCGCUGCUGCUGGUCGCGCCGGCAUGAUGUCUGGCGGUAUCGGCGCGCUGUUUGGUGCUCCCGACGCAGGCGUCGCUGCCCUAGAGCGGCCGCUGUCUACGGUCUUCCGCAAUGAGAAAGCCGCAGGUGCCGGUGCUGUUGGAUUCCCCGGCGGCGACGCGGCAGCAGAGGCAGCUGCAGCUGCAGGAGGCGACGGUGCGCUGAUACCGCUCGGCGCAAACGUCCGUCCGAGCCUGACGACGGUCGAGAAAAGUGUGGCGGCGAAGAUCUACUUUGAGAACCUGUACUACGGUAUCCUGAAGAAGCCGCGCGCACGCGAUACACGCCGGGCUGGCCUCGAGGCGGAGCUUGCCGCGCUGCGCAUCUCGGAUGCGGCCAAGGAGGCAAUCCGCGCACGCUGGAUCGCCAACGAGACUGAGUACCUGCGCGACGUGCGCGCGCGUGUCAGCGCCAACAGCUUCAGCAAGCUCAAGACGAUCGGCCAUGGUGCCUUUGGCGUCGUCGCGCUCGUCCGCGAGCGCGGCACUGGCGAGCUGUUCGCGAUGAAGCAGCUGCGCAAGGCCGACAUGCUACGCAAGGGCCAGGAGGGCCACGUGCGAGCCGAGCGGGACCUCAUGACGAGCGCCAGCGCCAGCGCCAGCGCAAAGUGGAUCGUCAAGCUCGUGUACAGCUUCCAGGACGUCGACCACCUUUAUCUCAUCAUGGAAUUCAUGGGCGGUGGAGACCUGCUCAACCUGCUGAUCGAAAAGGACAUCUUCGAGGAGGACUUCGCGCGCUUUUACGUAGCCGAAAUGAUUCUCGCUAUUCACGAGGCGCACCGCCUCGGAUACAUCCACCGCGACAUCAAGCCAGACAACUUCCUCUUCACUUCUUCCGGCCACGUCAAGCUCGCCGACUUUGGCCUUUGCCAGAGCUUCCACUGGGCGCACGAUGGCGCUUACUACGAUCAGCAGCGCAAGCACCUCCUGCGCAAGCAUGGAAUUGACCUCGAGGAUAACACUGCCGCCAAAAGGUGGGCGGCAGGCGGUGUUGGCGGAGCAGGCGGCGCGGUAGGCAGGUCCGUUCGACCAGCUGGAGGCAACCUCAACGAGAAGGAGCUGCAUGACAUCAUGAGCGACAGAAACGAGGAUGGUACACCCAUGACGCACGUGCUCACUUGGAGAGACAAGAACAAGAAGAAGAUCGCUUAUUCUGUUGUUGGCACUAACAACUACAUGGCACCUGAAGUUCUGCGAGGUCUUGGCUACGACCAGUCGUGCGACUGGUGGUCGCUGGGCGUCAUUGUCUUUGAGAUGCUCUAUGGCUACCCGCCCUUUGUCUCCAAGUCACGUCAUUUGACGCGGCAGAAGAUCUUGAACUGGCGCCAGACGCUCCGCUUCCCUCUCAAGCCGCGGGUCUCGAAAGACGCUCAGGACUUUAUCUCGCACCUCAUCUGCGAAAAGGAAGAUCGCCUCGGCAGCGCAGCGACCGCGUCUGUCUCCAGACCGAACUCAAUCAUCCAGGGAGCCCGUCGCUCUGGGUUUGCCGCAGGCAGUGGUGCAAUAGGCGGCGUGAGCGGGCUGCAAGAUGGCGUCGAGGAGCUCAUGGCGCAUCCGUGGUUCCGUACCGUCGACUGGGGCCACCUCCACCGCAUGUCGCCGCCGUUCAAGCCGGCGCUCUCGCACCCCGGCGAUACGAAGCACUUUGAGGACGACAUUGACGACGAGCCGCUGCCGGCUCCCGGAGCGGCGGAAGGCGCCAACCCGGCAGCCGACCAGCCGCGCGAUCCGAUGCUGCGUGACAAGACUCAUGGUCAGCACCUGCUCGAGAUGAGGAAGCAGCUUGCAUUUGUUGGCUACACAUUCAAAUCGCCGAAGCACUUCGACCCGCGCACCCAGCUCGCGGACGUGGCUUCUAUCGCCGCUGCCGAGCGCUCUGCGGGUAUGACGCCCCAGAACAAGUACCUCGGCGAGCCCGCGAGUAGUGGUAGCCGUAUCAGGAGCAUGUCGAUGUGA